UGCAGCUGGCUCCAGCGGCAGUGCCACAGUCAGCAAACACAGCUGGCCCGAGGAUGACCCAGAAACUCAACAACACCCCUGCCAGAGAUCUGGACAAGUUCAUAGAGUACCACCUCCUUCCUGACACCAUCUUCCGAACUGAGGUCAGAGCAGCCAUCGACACCAUAUGUGCUUUCCUGAAGGACAGAUGCUUCCAAGGUACUACCCAUCCUGUGAGGGUCUCCAAGGUGGUGAAGGGCGGCUCCUCAGGAAAAGGCACAGCUCUCAAGGGCAGGUCAGACGCCGAUCUGGUGGUGUUCCUUAACAAUUUCUCCAGCUUCAAGGACCAGUUAAACCGACGCGGAGAGUUUAUCCGGGAAAUUCGGGAACAGCUGUAUGCAUUGCAGCGUGAGGAACGUAUUAGAGUGAAGUUUGAGGUUCAGAGUUCAUGUUUGCCCAACCCCCGGGCACUUGGCUUCACACUGAGCUCCCCCCGACUUCAACAGGAGGUGCAGUUUGAUGUGCUGCCAGCCUAUGAUGUCCUGGGUCAUGUCAGCACUGAAAGGAAACCUGACCCCCGGAUCUACAGAAGCCUCAUCCGUGAGUGCACCUCCCUAUGGAAGGAAGGCGAGUUCUCCACCUGCUUCACCGAGCUCCAGAGAAACUUCCUGAAGGAUCGGCCACCCAAGCUGAAGAGUCUCAUCCGCCUUGUCAAGCACUGGUACCGACUGAAGAAGCCGAAGAAGAAGCCGAAGAAGCCGCUGCCCCCACAGUAUGCCCUGGAGCUGCUCACGGUCUACGCCUGGGAACGUGGGAGUGGAGACACUGAGUUCAACACAGCCCAGGGCUUCCGGACAGUCUUGGAACUGGUCACCAAGUACAGGCAGCUUCGAAUCUACUGGACAAAGUAUUAUGACUUUCAAGACCAAUACAUCUCCAGCUACGUGCUCAGUCAGCUCAGAGGAACCAGGCCUGUGAUCCUGGACCCGGCUGACCCAACAGGGAAUGUGGCUGGUUCCAACUCAAAGGGCUGGCGACGGCUGGCAGAUAAGGCUACAGCCUGGCUGGGAAAGGCAUGCUUUAAAAGAGAGGAUGGUUCCCUAGUGGGACCCUGGAAUGUGCCGACGGAAGUUCCUGUGCCACAAUAACAGGUGAACGAGAACGGGACAUUCAUCUCCUGUGAGCACAGCAGCAUCUGCCCGGAAGGCUGCAGAGUCAGGGGAUGUGCAGGCCUUGACCAGAGAGGGAAGGAUGCUGCCCAAGGCCCCAGGGAGGGAGUGUCCAACCUGGAGUCAGACUCCAGGCUUCUGAUCCCUGCCUGCUGAGUCUUCCAUCCUGUCCCACACAGACAGCCUUCCUCAUAGCCUGCUUCAGGCUUAUCCUUAUCCUCUGACAGUGUUCUCUGGGGGACAUGAGAUUCAGAAGGGGAGGGGAGAACUCAAGUUUGACUUCUGUCUGUGCGCCUGUUCUGUCCAGUGUCUGAUCAACAACAAUAAACCACAGCAGAUGCCAUGAGAAUGUCUGAGACGACCCAGAUACCCCCCCCUCUCUCCCUCUCUGUCUUUCAGUUAGAUGCAUUUAUUGAGCACAUACUACAUGGUCCAGUGGUCCAGGCACUGAGCACUCAUUAGUGGACAGAGCAGAACCAAUCCACAACAGCGAUGAUGCCACAUGGUUUGGGGUCCUUCCAGGUUUCUUACAUCUAAACUCAAGACAGUAUCCCUGGUUCCUUCUGUCCAUGUCCCCAAGACAAGACUCAAGACUUGCCCCAUCUGAAUCAGAAGCUGUUCUGCAGCUGCACAUGGCUACGGGGACCUGGAAGUGUGAGCAGUGCACAUGAAGAUACAUGGUGGCAGCAACAUGCAGGGGGGUGUGAAGAGGUGCAUGACAAAAAUGAACUGAAUUUGUGAGACUGGUGGUCACAAAAACAGACACAUGUAUGUCUGCAGUGACGAUGAACUUUUGAUGCAUGGAGUUAAAUCACAGUGGGUGUCUGCUUCCUUUUUCUCUUUCUGAGACAAGACCUCAUUAUGUGGCAUAGUCUGACCUAAAACUCAUAGGCAUCCUCCUGCCUGAGUCUCCCGAGCUCUGGAAUCGCACACACACACACACACACAAACACAAACACACACCCUCCACACAGAGACCUAAUGGUUCCAUAGUUCAGUGUUGUGAACCAGUGGCUCAUUUGUCAGAUCCCAAAAAAACCAUGUGUGCUCAACUCUUGUACCCUGCUUACUUACGAGUUCAGGGCAUUGCACAGGGCACCUGCUCCCAAAGCCUGCUCCUGUCCCCAGUACCCACUCUUUUAAUCACUGUGUGUGUGUUUGUGUGUGUGUGUCCUUCCAGUCCUCAUUCAUUCAGUUCUUGCUCUAAUAGCCCUGAGAACCAGGAGCCCCAGUGUCCCAGAGUGUGAGAAGAUGCAUGUCCCCUAGACCGCGGAACAAAUCACACUCUGCGUUGUGCUCUAUCUGAGCCCCUGGUGACCCUGGUGAUGCUGGUCCUACUAUUCCAGUCUUACCUCUUCUGAAACACCCCCAUAUACACAGAGAAGGUUUUAACAACCAAGGCCCAGGGGUCCCUCGUAAAUCCUGCCAACCUGAGGGGACCCAUCAUGUACCUCACACUAUAAAGCAAAUAUACAUGUGAUAUAUAAUGGUUACAUCCCAUGUCUCUAUGAUGAAAUGACCCCUGGUGUGGACCUGCAGAGCCUUCCCAAUGAUAAAAAACCACGGAGGCUAACAGCAGGAUACAGGAAUGAGUGAUGAGCUACCUUACAGAGGAGCCAUAAGGUGGCUGGGUCAGGUUUCCAUGACAACAGGGAGACUGAAGAUCAUCUCUCCGAUGGAGUAAGAUGACCACAACGGACACUUUCAUACCACUGUGUCUGACAGCCAUGUUGAACAGUGUCAUGCUUGCCCCACACUGGACCUGCCCAAGAGCCCUUUGGCCCUAAGCACAAUGCUCAUCCAUGUUCUUUCUGUGGGUGCCAUCUUGGUUCUGACUUAGCAUCCAUCCUGUCCAGGGGAAUGGCAAGGCUUGAUGACAGACACUGGGUUUUUCAAGCCUUGUCUUCAACUUUAAUCUUCUUCCUGAGGUCAGGAGCUCCCUCCUCUCCAGGGCCCACCCACUGAGUAAAGGAGUGUAUGUCCAUUGGAGGAAGCAUUGCUCUGUCCACCAUUUGACCACAGGGUUCGGUUCUCCAGGAAGCCACUUCAUCUACACUCAAUGGGUUCAACUCUGAAACUCAAUUCAUGUCAGGAACUGGGGGUGUGGGGAGGAAGCUGCUGUGACAGCCACUGCCUUCACUCUCUAGCUAUCUCUUGUGGUUCCUUCUAAUGGCCCACGCUGGCUCAUCUUCAUGACCAACUUCACCAACCUUAGACUCUCUGUGGAAACACCUCUGGGCAUGUCGAGGGCAUUUGUAGAAAUGUCUUCUGACUGCUUCCUUCACUACGCAGCCUGCUGUCAGGGCUCCUCACCAUCUGUGGAGUUUCCUCUGGAUUCACACGGCCUGAACGAUGUUUGAGAAGACCAACUAUCAGAAUGGUUAAGUGGCUUCUGACCAGUUUACGAGGAACACAUAACGGGGAAGAAGGGCUCUUGUGCAGAGGGAAUUGGGAAAGCUGGAUCUCCAUUGACAGGAAUAAAUCCCACCCUCACCUUGGGCAUGUAUAUAGGCCAUCCAAAAUGGAAGCAGAAAUCCCUAGAAAACAGAUUAUCUUAGCCAUGAUGACUUCGGCUGUUUUCUUGGCUCUGACAUCAAAACCACAGACAACUCAGGAUGAUUCUUUUAUGUCAGGCCUCAUGCAUGCUGGGUAAGCACUCUGCCACUGAGCCACACCCACAGUCUCUCACUGGAACACUCCAGACAGGUCCUUCCCAGUUGAGCCACACCCCUGCUGCCUUUCUGCUCUUACACGAGGAAGCCAUUCUUCAUGGAGACAUGUCUCCUGUGGUCCUGCUUUAGCAUGGAGUACGUGAUGAGUGAUAUGAUGGGUGCCCUCAGCUUGGUAGGAGACAUAGGAGACCCCUGGGCAUUGUUGAUUCAAACCUUUGUGUAUCUGGGGGUGUUUCAGAAGGGGAAAGACUGGAAUCAUAGGCAGCAUCAUCUGAUUGUGACCAUGUCCUGGUUCUUCCAUUUCUUCCAUCUUGGAAUAAAGAAGUAUUUAACUUGUGUUUUUAAUGUUAUAUGAGCCCACAGUUGAGAGACUAAUCUUUACAAGUGAU